UUUCAUCUAUCAAUGUACGUAUUAUGUUGGCGUUGUGGUUCUAAAUAUCCAACAGCGAGCGUCACCUUCGAAUUGAUUUGAUACUUCUUUCUUCUUCAUCUUCGUCUUCAUCAAUCAUCUCUAGAGUGAGUUCAAAGCCAACAGUAGCCAACUCGUACUGUUUUUUGUCCUAAAAAAAAACUCGUACUGUUUUGUUUUGCUUUAUAGUCUCUGUUUUACAGCCUUGUGACGAUGAUUAUACUAAAUUAAUCUACCCACCCAUUAUUGCUUCUUUUUAUAACAACACACACUCACUCUCUCUGCUUCUUCCUUUUCUCUUUUCAUCUCUCUGUUACCACUAGUACUGGGUUUCUCUGCUUGCCUCCCAUGGAUUCAUACGAAGCUACCAGGAUCGUUUUCUCAAGGAUCCAGAGCUUGGAUUCAGAAAAUGCAUCAAAAAUCAUGGGGUACCUUUUGAUUCAAGACCAGGGUGAGAAGGAGAUGAUACGCUUAGCAUUUGGACCAGAGACUCUGCUUCACAAUCUCAUCAUCAAUGCCAAAACCCAUCUGGGUCUUGUUCACUCCAAGACUCCAUCUUUCAACCCCAUUUCCAGGCCCAACUCACUUCCUCUUUCAUCUUCUCCAACCUCAAAUCUUUGGAGCCUCAGCAACCCCAUUAGUCCCAGCUCGACUUGUUCACCUACUUAUGCCAAUGUUGUUAGCAAAAACACUAACCUUGCUUCUGGAUCUUUAUCGCCAUCCAUCAAUGACUCUUCUAGUGCUACUGAGCUUGUUGACAACUUCCAGUUUUCUUUCCUCAAUGAUCCCAAAACGGACGAGGAGUUUUUCGAUGGAGGCCCCGAAGGUGUUUAUGGUAAUUCCUCGAUGAACAAGCAGAGCUACUCUGCUCACUGCGGCUGUGCUUUUGGUUCUGAAGAUGUGAAUUCCGGGCUCGGAUGGAAACCAUGUUCGUAUUUUGCAAGAGGGUUCUGUAAAAACGGAAGUAGUUGCCGUUUUCUCCACAGUGAUGGCUUGCCUGGAAAUGUCAGUAUGCUUGAGCAGUGUGAAGACUUGCUCAGAUCCAAUGCUGCUGCCCAGCAACACAAACUUGCUACAGUGUCACAGUUCAUGUCCAAUGGUUCUUCUUUGCCUUACAACAGGUGCCUCAACUUUCUUAUGCAACAACAAAAUGACACCCAAAGGUCAUUGAUGAUGGGAGAAGAGCUUCUCAAGUUUGGGAGAUACCAACAUGAGAGAAAUGACAUUUCGAGUUUGGGUGGAAAUGUAAUUCCCAGUUCAAGGCAGAUCUACUUGACAUUCCCAGCUGAUAGUACAUUUAGAGAAGAAGAUGUCUCUAAUUAUUUCAACAUGUUUGGACCUGUGCAAGAUGUGAGGAUUCCAUACCAGCAGAAGAGAAUGUUUGGGUUCGUUACAUUUGUAUAUUCAGAAACUGUGAGGAUCAUUUUGGCCAAAGGGAACCCUCAUUUUGUAUGUGAUUCUCGGGUGCUUGUGAAGCCUUAUAAGGAGAAGGGGAAAAUACCAGACAGGAAGCUGCACCAACAUUUGGAGAGGGGAGACUAUUCUCUGUGUUCAAGCCUAUCUGGGCUUGAUUCUAGGGAGCCUUAUGACUUCAAUCUUGGAUCAAGAAUGUAUUACAGUACCCAAGAGAUGCUGUUGCGAAGGAAAUUAGAGGACCAAGCGAACUUGGAGCAAGCUAUUGAACUCCAAGAAAGAAGACUUACGAAUAUGCAACUUCUAGGCAUCAAGAAUAACAAUCAUCAUCAAUACUAUCAAGGUCUAUCAGAAGGGUCUCCAUUUCCCUCCCCAACGUUCUCACAUGCAGCUAAAAAUCAAUCCCUCACAGAUGUCUCAGAAGCCUCAGUCAUUUCCCAAAGUUAUGCUUUAGAUGGUGAACAACAAGAAGAGGAGAAGAGUGGCAAGGACCAAUCCAAUGCUGAAGAGUGUGACCUGCAUCAAAGUGUGGAGCACAUUCUCCCUGAUAACCUGUUUGCUUCACCAGCAGUAGUAGCUGGAGACCACAUAAAUGUCUUCUCAACUGCUUCUGCGCCAUUCAAUGAAAGCACCUCAGCAAUAUCUUCUUCUUCUAAUAGCAAUAGCAAUAAUUUACUGCCAACCGCUUCUACUUCUACGUCCAAUGCAACUUCCCCAAAAUCCGUUCUCUCCAGCUCAGGUUUUCUUUUGGGUAUGGAACCACUGGAAUGCAACUAAGAAAGUUGCGCAUGGCCAGCAAUGGGGUAACUUGACUUUUUGCUAGGAAACAACUGGGGAGCCAAAAAAUCAUACCCUCAUCAAAGAAACUUGUUGGACAAGAUCUAAGCAAAUCACCAUCAGCAUUAAUAUAUAUUUACACUAGUUACAAUAAUUACCUAAUUGUAUACGGUAGAAGAACAGAUGGGACUGAUUUAUGGUACUGGGGCCUAUAUACUUGUCUGUAUCUCUCUCUUCUCUCCCUCUUUAGAUAUGCGCUGGACCACAGUUACUAAGUAGCACUGUAUCAUACCAAACAAGGGUUAGGACAGUACCCUAGUAGUGGUAGUAGUAAACUUCAUAUGAUAUCUUUUUUAAUAAUUGAAUUUACUUUUCUCAUC